AGCGCCCUGUCCCGCCGGCGGCCGCGAGACCAGAGCAGCUAGCGAGCCGGCCGCGGCGGUCCAGCGGUCCCCGAGCGCAGCGUAGGGCCAGGGCGCGCCGCGAGGAACGGUGCAGCUCGGCGAGGCCGCCCGGCCCCGCUCCGGCAAGGCAGGCGAGCGCAGCGCCACCGGGCCGAGGCGAGCGCAGCGCCCCGAAGCCGAGCGCGCACCGCCGCCCGCGCCCCGCGCAGGGGAAUGCGCCCUCGGUGCGCCGGCCAGGGGGCGCCCGCAGCCCGCCCCGGGGGAGGCGGCCCCGUGCUCCCCUGAUCCUUCCCAUGGCCCGGGCUGGGGCCCGGGGCCUCGGUUGCUGACGUGCCCGAAGCCCACGGAACCGGUUAAGCCGCGGCUGCGGCGCCGAGCCCAGCUGAGGCGCAGCAGCGGGAGGGCGCGGGCAGGGCCAUGGCCCCGGGGGGCCUCUAGCGCCGGUCUGCCCAGUGGGAACUGCUCCUCCGCCACCGCCGCCUCUGCCCGGGCACUCAGGCCCGGUCGCCGCGGAAGAGGUGUCCACAGAGCUGAACCUGCUUCCUGGGCCCUAGGCCCCUCCCACAAUGCCUGUCGCUGACCUCCUCCUCUGGGCUUUGCUACUCACGGCCUGGCCAGCUGCCCCCACCCAGGACUACCUCCCGGCCACACCCCGAGUCCGGCUCUCCUUCAAAGAGCUUAAGGCCACAGGCACGGCCCACUUCUUUAACUUCCUGCUCAACACCACCGACUACCGAAUCCUGCUCAAGGACGAGGACCACGACCGCAUGUACGUGGGCAGCAAGGACUACGUGCUGUCCCUGGACCUACACGACAUUAACCGCGAGCCCCUGAUUAUCCACUGGGCAGCCUCACCACAGCGCAUCGAGGAGUGCGUGCUAUCAGGCAAGGAUGGCAACGGUGAGUGCGGAAACUUCAUCAGGCUCAUCCAGCCCUGGAACCGAACACACUUGUAUGUGUGUGGUACGGGUGCCUACAACCCAGUGUGCACCUAUGUGAACCGUGGCCGUCGUGCCCAGGAUUACAUCUUCUACCUGGAGCCUGAACGACUCGAGUCAGGGAAGGGCAAGUGUCCAUACGACCCCAAGCUGGACACGGCCUCUGCCCUCAUCAAUGAGGAACUCUAUGCCGGCGUGUACAUCGACUUCAUGGGAACAGAUGCCGCCAUCUUCCGCACGCUCGGAAAACAGACAGCCAUGCGCACAGAUCAGUACAACUCUCGAUGGCUCAAUGACCCAUCCUUCAUCCAUGCCGAGCUGAUUCCUGACAGCGCCGAGCGCAACGAUGACAAACUUUACUUUUUCUUUCGCGAGCGCUCAGCAGAGGCACCGCAGAUGCCGGCAGUGUACGCACGUAUUGGGCGGAUCUGCCUGAAUGAUGAUGGCGGCCACUGCUGCCUAGUGAACAAGUGGAGCACCUUCUUGAAGGCGCGUCUCGUCUGCUCCGUGCCUGGUGACGACGGCAUCGAGACGCACUUCGACGAGCUCCAGGACGUGUUUGUCCAGCAGACUCAAGAUGUGAGGAACCCGGUCAUCUAUGCUGUCUUCACUUCCUCGGGCUCAGUGUUCCGUGGUUCUGCCGUGUGUGUCUACUCCAUGGCUGACAUCCGCAUGGUCUUCAACGGGCCCUUUGCCCAUAAGGAGGGCCCCAAUUACCAGUGGAUGCCCUUUUCUGGGAAGAUGCCCUACCCACGGCCUGGCACGUGUCCCGGUGGAACCUUCACUCCAUCCAUGAAGUCCACCAAAGACUACCCUGAUGAGGUCAUCAACUUCAUGCGCAGCCACCCGCUCAUGUACCAGGCCGUGUACCCUCUGCAGCGGCGGCCCCUGGUGGUCCGCACGGGGGCUCCCUACCGACUCACCACCGUCGCUGUAGAUCAGGUGGAUGCAGCUGACGGGCGCUAUGAGGUGCUUUUCCUGGGCACAGACCGCGGGACAGUACAGAAGGUCAUUGUGCUGCCCAAAGAUGACCAGGAGGUGGAAGAGCUCAUGCUGGAAGAGGUGGAGGUCUUCAAGGAACCAGCACCUGUUAAGACCAUGACCAUCUCUUCCAAGAGGCAACAACUGUAUGUGGCCUCAGCUGUGGGUGUCACGCACCUGAGCCUGCAUCGCUGCCAGGCAUAUGGUGCUGCCUGUGCUGACUGCUGCCUCGCCCGGGACCCCUACUGCGCCUGGGAUGGCCAGACCUGUUCCCGCUACACAGCAUCCUCCAAGAGGCGGAGCCGUCGCCAGGAUGUCCGGCACGGGAACCCCAUCAGGCAGUGCCGUGGAUUCAACUCGAAUGCCAACAAGAAUGCCAUGGAGUCGGUGCAGUAUGGCGUGGCAGGCAGUGCCACCUUCCUGGAGUGCCAGCCACGCUCACCCCAAGCCACGGUCAAGUGGCUUUUCCAGCGAGAUCCUGGUGACAGGCGCCGAGAGAUUCGUGCUGAGGAGCGCUUCCUGCGCACAGAGCAGGGCUUGCUGCUCCGUGCCCUGCAGCUCAGCGACCGAGGUCUGUAUUCCUGCACAGCCACUGAGAACAACUUCAAGCACAUUGUGGUGCGGGUACAGCUGCACGUGCUAGGCCGAGAAGCCGUCCACGCCGCCCUCUUCCCGUCACUGGCCGUGAGCGCCCCACCACCUCCGGGUGUGGGACCUCCCACGCCUCCUUACCAGGAGCUGGCCCAGCUGCUGGCCCAGCCAGAAGUGGGCCUCAUCCACCAGUACUGCCAGGGCUACUGGCGCCAUGUUCCUCCCAGCCCACGGGAGGCCCCUGGGGCACCUAGACCACCAGAGUCCCAGGACCAGAAAAAGCCCCGGAACCGUCGGCACCACCCUCCGGACACCUGAGGCUGGCUGCUCCUGCCCCAUGAGGGGCCACCCAGCCCCCAUCCCUUUUAAUAUAAAAGAUCUAUAUAUAUAUAUAUAAAUAUAUAAAAUAUCUAUAUUCUAUA